AUGGCGGACUCCCAAGAUCUGCUGGACUGGUACGAUGACCUGUAUUCUCGCACUGUCGAUCUCGUUGGCGACUAUGCGGGUGACGAACCUUUCAUCAUCGAAGGGGACUCAUUACUUCUCCACUCCUUUUCGGACGACAAAAUCGACUUCUCGCCGGGCUUGCAACUGCUCCAUGCCACCUACAUUGUGGAAAAUUUCCUUCGAGCUCUUCUCCAGCGAAAGUGCAAAUUCAAUGUCGUGUUCUUCAACAAUCAGGCACACAUGUGCAUCCCACAGAAUACCCCAGCUCACCUUCACUCGAGGUAUCUCCUCGCUCGAGAGGCCAUCAUCCAGCACCUCAGCUGCAAUCUUCCCCUUACUGUCCCAUUCAUAGAAGUCAAAACAUUCGAAUCGUAUUUGUCCCAUGACUUUGACGAGUAUUUGGCAACAACAGGAGCAUACUUCUUCAUGUGUCAUGAUGGCUCUUUUCCACGGUCCGGUAUCCAAGACGAGUUCGAAGGAUCUUCAACAGAAGAAGAAAAAAUCGAAAAAGAAUCUCGAGCUCCAUCUGAGCUGCAGGCUGACGACUCUGGUACAAUCGGCGCUUUUGGGCACGGCGAAGAAAUACUUGGCAAUGGAAAUAUCAAAGUAACUCGACUUGAUCAGACUCGGAAGGUGGUGUUGCGGCUGAUGAUCCACUGGCUCAUUGGUCGUGGCUACAAUAUUGCUCUUGUCACCACAGUGGAGUUCCGGGACACAAAGGUCAUGGCAAUGAUUGUGGAAGGCUCCAGAGAACGGAUGACCCUGCUGAGGCGUGUUCAAGGCAACAAAUCUCAAAUACCUCCUGCCUUGGAAGACCAAUCACUCUCCAAUAUCCCAGGCGACGCUGCUUGCGAUAGGGUCGAAAACCCAGUCAUCAAAGAAAUUGAGGAAGCUGUGCCUACCUCAUCGCAGAACUCGUAUUCCACAGAAACGGAUGUCCACGUACCGCCAGCAGAAGUCCUGACAAAGACGUUGAUGCUGCUAGACCGCACGCCAGAGCCACCUCUGACACAACGGGAUUUGCUUAUAGUUGCAGCUCUAAGCAUCAUGCUUAGAUCUGGCAGAAUCGGAGCGAAUUAUGCACUAGAAACAUGUGCAAUGAUCCUCCAUGCGAUCGUGAUGCGGGACUGUCGUCUUGACGGUCGAGCAGUGGAUGCAAUAAGCUCUAACAUGAACAUGAUGUUCUUGACGGACUUUGUCGAAGUAUCCCGCGAGAUUCUGGUGUCAGACGCCUGGCGAGACAGUGUCCUGCGUCAAAAGCUUCCAUGUGAUCUAGCCGAUUUGCUCGAUGGAAGGCUAUUUCUCAAUGUGGUGUCUGAGCUUCAGAGGUCUCGUGGACCAACGGCUCUCGGCCCCUUGAUACUCUCGUCAUUGAGAGACUUCACAUCUCUCAUGAAGGAAACCUGUGGCAUCAAUCUGCACUUCGAACCAGGGGACUCGAGAACUCCUUCUCAGAUAACUAUAGGACAACAAGAAAUGCGCUUCAACGUUAUACGGCACUGUAGACAGGGGAGGGACACAACCACACCUACGAAUAGACGUAAUGUUCGGACGACGGUACUCCCUUUCAGCAACCCGGUGUUCGACACCCACCUGGGUCCUAUUAAGCUUGCCAUCGACGUAUCGGUUGACAAAAAGAGCACAUCGCAAAUCUUUAAAGAGAUCAGCCACUGGCACAAUCAUCGACGACCCAUCGACAAUAAGGCCGCUCGGGUAGUGACAGAAUGGCAGAAGGCGCGCGAUAAUCGAAGGAAUCAGUUUUUCAUGACAGAAACUAGGGACUACGCUGCCAGCCUGACUAGUGCUAUUGGGGGCAUUCUGGAGCCCGAAACCAUCAUUGUCAAGUCGAAAGAUGGGCCUUCACGCGUUUCCAGCAGAUUGAAACCUCCGCAAACCCCAGCACACGGUGGAAAGAAGCAAGGCUCUAGAUUCAAUGUCAAAGAGCUGGCUGCAGUAGCGGCGCGAGAAAAGCAGGAUAAGGAUAUUGCUAAGCUGCAGGAAGCAUGGACUUCCGCGAGAACCCAGUUUGCUAAAGAGCUAAACCUGGCAUCCCGCUACUUCAAAGUCAAGAGCUAUCUGAACGGGCUGUCAAAGACCAAGCGAGUCGCGGUGGAAGCAGAGGUGUCGGUGUACUUGCUCAGCAUUCUGGUCGAGAUGUGGACAGUGAACUGCUCGGCUGACAACCGAGUCCAUGCGAUGCCGAUCAUGGGACUCAUCUGGGACCAGAUCCUCCAGAUUAAAAGACUGAACCAAGGCAUCACCACGGAGAUUGCAGCAUACGUCGUCAACACGAUCCAAACCUUUCGUUUGCCGGCCUUGGGACCUCUCCAAGUCCAAGAACGACGCAAUACUGGCUCCGCAACCGUCUUGUUCACCCCUGCGAGAGAAGCAGUGCCGACGCAACUAUCGCCCCUGGAAUUCCAGCUCGUCCACGCAGGGCCCUUCUUUGACCGAGACAUGGGCUCAGCACCGGAUGAUCGCGUGCACGAUUUUGAGCCGGAUAAGUGGCAGCGAGACGUCCUGGACCAGAUCGAUGCGAAGAAGAGCGUCUUCGUGGUUGCUCCCACCAGCGCGGGAAAGACGUUUAUUUCGUUCUACGCCAUGAAGCAGGUGCUCGAGGAGGAUGAUGACGGGGUGCUGGUGUACGUUGCACCCACCAAAGCAUUGGUGAACCAAAUUGCCGCUGAGGUGCAGGCUCGAUUUUCCAAGAACUUCCAGCACCCUGGAAAGUCCGUCUGGGCCAUACACACACGCGAUCACCGGGUCAACAACCCGACCGGGUGUCAGGUCUUGGUUACGGUCCCUCAUAUGCUCCAGAUCAUGCUUCUGAGUCCGUCAAAUGCGAAGACGUGGUCUUCUCGUGUCAAGCGUAUCAUAUUCGACGAGAUUCACUGUAUUGGCCAGGCCGAUGACGGGGUUGUGUGGGAGCAGCUACUCCUUCUAGCUCCGUGCCCCAUCAUCGCGCUCUCAGCCACGGUUGGAAACCCACGAGAAUUCAGCAACUGGUUGAGCAAGACUCAAGAGACCAACGGCAUCCAACUCGAGAUGAUAGAACACCAUCAUCGCUACUCGGACCUACGGAAGUAUAUCUACAGUCCACCACAAAAGUUUCUCUUCGAUGGCUUGUCCGAACGUUCACAACUACCCUCUGUUGGGAUCGACAACGCAAUCGGUAUGAGUUUCAUGCAUCCUGUUGCGAGCUUGGUCGAUCGGACGCGAGGGAUACCUGAUGAUUUGACUCUCGAACCGCGAGAUUGCUGGAUGCUAUGGAACGCCAUGAAGAAGCACGAGACAGAGGCAUUCCCUGUUGACGAGUCGUUAGACCCUUCAAAGUGCCUGCCACAGAUCGUACGCAAAGUUGACAUCGUCGAUUGGGAUGCUAAUCUCAAGGCACUCCUGAAGACGUGGGUAGAAAAUCGCAAGUCUCCCUUUGAGCUGGUGCUGAAGGAUUUGGAGCAGCCCGUGAGGGACGCACAAUGUCCAGGGGUACAGAUAUCUUCUGGGAAAGUCAACAACAGCAAGACCCUUCGUGCCGUCCAGGAGGCUGAUUUCCUCGACACCACACUGCCUCUCGUCUGCUCGCUCCAUGACGAAGGAGCUCUUCCCGCACUAUUCUUCAACUAUGACCGGAACGCGUGUGAACUCAUAUGUCAGCGUCUCCUCCAGGAGUUACAGGAGGCAGAAGACCGCUGGAAGGAAGUUAGCAGAACCUGGAAAACUAAGAUUAAGAGCUGGGAGGCUUGGAAACUUAACCAGGACAAGCUGAGCAAGAAGAAGGCUCCCAAGAAGGUGCAGAGAGGGAAUGCAGACGACGAACCAGCAACACGGGCCGAGCGGAUGCGGGAAACAGGCUCGGAAGAGUCAAGCAUCCUGGAAUCUUUCAAUCCCGAUGAUCCCGUCUCUGGAUUUCACCUCGCCAACACGCAAAAGCUCAGUCGCCUUGAUUUCCAGGAGUACGCCAAUGAGCUUAAGAGGCGCUUGGUGCCGGACUGGCUGAUCAACGGCCUGAGGCGAGGUAUCGGUGUCCACCACGCCGGCAUGAACCGCAAAUACCGUCAAGUGUGCGAGAUUCUGUUCCGCAAAGGGUACUUGCGCGUCGUGAUAGCCACCGGGACACUGGCGCUGGGUAUCAACAUGCCUUGCAAGACUGUUGUUUUCUCUGGAGACUCGAUCUUUCUGACGGCUCUCAACUUUCGCCAGGCGGCGGGUCGAGCAGGGCGCCGAGGAUUUGAUGUCCUGGGUAAUGUGGUCUUCCAAGGAGUACCAUAUUCAAAAGUCUGCCGCCUGCUCAGCUCGAGGCUACCAGACCUCAACGGUCACUUUCCCAUCACGACGAGCUUAGUGUUGCGCCUUUUCAUCUUGCUCCAUGAAUCAGGGAAUGCAGCAUACGCUGUCAAGGCGAUCAAUUCGAUCCUCUCGUGCCCGCGGAUCUAUCUGGGUGGUCCAGAGUCAAAACACACUGUCCUGCACCAUCUGCGGUUUUCAAUAGAGUAUCUUCGCCGCAACCAUUUGUUGGACGUCUCGGGUGCUCCACUCAAUUUUACUGGCUGUGUCUCUCACCUGUAUUACACUGAGAACGCAAGUUUUGCGUUCCACGCAUUGCUCAAAAGUGGGUAUUUCAGCAAGCUUUGUGGGGAUAUUCAUGUCAGCCCUAAACAAGUUUUGCUUGACUUGAUACUUGUCAUGUCACACCUCUUCGGACGUCGGUACCUGAGACAGUCUGUUCUGGAGUCACGCCGCGCCCAAUCACGGUGGUCAUCGUCGGUCGUCGUACUUCCACCUCUGCCAGAAAAGGCAGCGCGCACCCUAUUGGCCCACAACGAUCAAACACUGGAUGUGUAUGCUGCUUAUGUGUCAACCUAUAUCGACCAGCACGUCACGGAGCUUGAUCACUACUUGCCACUCACUGGACUAAAAUGCGGCGGAGACAAGUCACUAGAGGAGAUCGGCGUGGCUGUCUCUCCUCUUCCUCCCGCCCGCAUAAACUCGGCUUUUGUUGCUCUCUCGGGCCAUCGAGAUGAGUGGAAAAGCGUCUCUGAUUUGUGCAAGAUGGUUCGCAGUGGAGUCUGGCUGGAGGAAGCCGUAGUCCCCUACGUGGGGACCUAUCCGAACGACAGCACAGCGCUUUUAAAUGCUUACCUUUACGACUUCUUCAAACAUGGUAACGUGGUUGCUCUCGAGAAAGAGAAUGGUGUUCGCAAAGCUGAGGUCUGGUUUGUCCUCAAUGAUUUCUCUCUUGUCCUUGCGACUAUCGUUACCAGCCUAGAGAACUUUUUGAAGCUUUCCCUACCAACGGCAGCCGAGAUGAUCGACAUCAUGGGGUUUGGUGAUGUACACGAGUCAGAGCUGGAUGACAAAGCCCUGGAAGCGGGUCCAGACAACAAAGCCACCUCCAGCGCUCGGACACUGCCCAAUCGAGAAAUGCUGAAGCAGGAACUAACAGCUACAAAGGCGGGAUCUAGCGAUGGGAAAAAGAAGGUGGUUGACAGCUGGGAAGACGAUGCGAGUGACCACGGCGAUAAGCCCGAAACAAAUGGGGCCAUUCCAGAAACCAUGGGUGAGGCGGUCAGAGCGGCCAAAGCGGGAAAGAAGCCUAUGAUGACAAGUGCGAAGGAACCGGCGAGGGAGUCGGAACGACAAGGGAAAGAGUCCGAGAUCGGGGAUGGAAACUUGUUCAUGGUUCUGAAGGCCUUUACCAUGCUUCAAGAGGAGUUCAACCAAAAGUUCAGGGCAAUGUGGGCAUAA